CCAAAGCUAAGAAGAAGAUUAGCUGAAAAUCUCUGAGGGUUUUAUUUUUCUUCCUUGGUUUCUAUAUUCUCAAAGCAAGGAAGAGUCUCUGGGAAAUGAGAUAAUAACAAGGGUGUGUUUUCUCUUCUGGGAAUCCUUUUCAUUUUCACUUUCGCUUCCUCCUGGCUUUCUUGGGAGACACGAGGAGAGAGAAGGCUGAAGGGAGAACAAAGCCUCUGCGAAGGAAAGGCAGCCAAAAGGAUUAAGAAUGGCUGGAAUUCAAUCUCGAUUGACUGAAAAGGACAAUAAGGGACUGCUACAUGUAGUGGGAUGCAACAACUUAAGCCUUUUGUAUAAGGGAAGCGUUCAUGGAUACAAUGCAAACAUAUUUCAUAACAUCUGCAACCGACAAGGCCCAACUGUAGUUGUAGCAUAUAAUGCAAGUGGUUAUAUUUUUGGAGGCUUUACUGCAAAGAGUUAUACCUCCUCUGAAGCAGUUGUAGCAGAUGAAAAGGCAUUCCUUUUUCGAUUGAAAGGGAAAGAGGAAGAACUUGGCCCUCUCAAAUUCCCCGUCAAAGAUGCCAAUCAGGCUAUAACUGAUAAAGCAGAAUUAGGUCCUUGCUUUGGCUUUGGAGCUGGAUCUCUGGUAUUCCUUUCACAAAAUACUGCUGCAGUAGCCACCAAUGCUGAUGCUGGCUGCUAUGUUUUCCAAGCAGAAGAGUUACAUGGAAAUGACCAGGCCCUUUUAGAAUGUGAAGUAUAUCGAGCUGAAGAUAUUGGUGAAAUGUUGGAGAAACCAUGGAGGAAUGUCAACUGGACAUCUGGGGAAAGAAGAGAACUGAUGAGCCAGAUAGCAGCCUACAAGCCUCGUUUGAAUUCAGUACCACAGUUUCGUUUUCUGUUCCUGGGACCAAUUGGAGCAGGGAAAUCCAGCUUUUUCAACUCAGUGAAGUCUAUUUUCCGGGGCUAUGUGACAAGUCAGGCCAUAGCAGGAUCUGAUUCUACUAGUGUGACAUUGCAGUACAAAAUGUAUAAUAUUAAUAAUGAAGACAGUGGAAAACACUUACCGAUCAAGUUCUGUGAUACUGUGGGAGUAGAAGAUAAGCAAGGAAGUGGUCUAUACAUUGAGGAAGUGCCUAAUUUAUUACGAGGACAUAUUCCCGACAACUAUCAGUUUAAUUCAUCUGCUGCUAUACAGCCUGAUACCCCAGGCUACAUCAAAUGCCCACUUUUGAAGGACCAGAUCCAUUGUGUUAUUUUUGUUAUUGAUGGUUCCAAGGUUGAGAUCCUUUCUGAAAACCUGGGAGGAAAGCUGAGAGAAAUUCGACGGAAAACUAACAAACUUGGCAUUCAACAACUUGUAAUACUUACAAAAGUGGAUGAAAUUUGCCCUUCUCUUGAAGAAAAUGUUUCAGAUGUAUAUAGGAGCAAAAUAGUUGCUAGAAAGAUGCAGUUAACAGCAGAAAGACUUGGCAUCCCUUUGUGUAACAUAGUUCCUGUUAAAAAUUAUUCUGUAGAACUGGAACUCAAAGAUGAUGUUGAUAUCCUGAUUCUGAUGGCAGUCAGGCAGAUGCUGCGUUUAGCAGAAAGCUAUCUAGAUAAUUUUUCUUCAGACACAGACUGCACACCGGAUUAUUAUUCAGAAUAUUGAUAGGCUUAUUGAAGCUAGUUUUAUUGCUUUUUUGUGUUUGAUUGAGCUAAUUCUGCUUACAAAUGAUUGAACAGUUGUAUCUGAAAGCCUGAAUGUUUUCAUGAAGAGAUAUUUUGUUUAGAUCUCAUAUCUGAGUUUCCUUUUUGGAACUCACUUUCAUAAAAUUGUUAACUUGUUUUUGAGUUUUUAAAAAUGUGCAGAACUUUUAAUUCUGAUCCACAAUGCUGAGAAAAGUUAUGUCCUUGCUUUUUUAUUAUGUGACAGUAUAUUAUUUCUGUUGUGAAUUUGAUUUAACUAGAAAUCCAAAAAUAAAUUAUGUAAAUAGAAAAGUCAGUUAUAAUAUUGAAGGGCCGUUCCACACAGUCAUAUAACCCAGAAUAUCAAGGCAGAAAAUCCCACAAUAUUUGCUUUGAACUGGGCUAUCUGAGUCCACACUGCCAUAUAUUCCACUUCAAAGUGGAUUUUAUUCAGCGGUGUGGAAGGGGCCCGAGUCUUCCUGAGUAAUACCAGUAUGUAUUCUUAUACUGUGCAUACAUACAUGUGAAACAUUGUGAAAGGCUUCUUUUAGGUGUAAGCAACUAUGUUAGAAUUUAGGUUAUGUAUCUUAUAUCUGAAAUAGUUGAGACAAGAAAAGUUUUGGUUUUUAAAUUAUUUUUUGGAAUACCUAUAUUUACAAACAUGUGCAUAAUGGGUUAUCUUGAAGAUGGAACCUAAGUCUAAACAUCAAAUUAAUUUUUGACUUAUUUAUAGUCAGCCCUCCACAUUCUGAAAAAGUGAAAAACUGUAAAUAAAAAUAGCUAUUUUUAAAUUGUGUUUCUUGUUUAUUGGUAUUAUAUACAGUAAAUCUCUCUCUCUCUUGCUCAACAGACCAUACACGCAUGCACACGCACGCGUGCUCACACACACACACACAUGUCUACAUCCUCCAGCACAUCUCUGUGGUCAACUGCCAUUAUAAGCUGACCAUUGAAUUCACUGGAGGACCUAGAGAUUCCUAGAGAUAAUAUUUUAAUAAUUUGAUGAAUCAUCAAAUCUGUUUCUCAAAAGGCAGAUUUUGAACAUCUUCACUUGCCACUCAAAACAUCAGCCUCUGAGCAGAUGUAAAAUUUUGAGGAGGGAAAGAAUCCAGUGGCAAGUGAAGAUGUUCCCCUGACCAGUUUACACUCUAUGGUGUAAGAUUAUUAUCUGAGUAUGGGUUUGAACUCACACUUUAAAUCCAAGUUCAUAAAAAGGUACUAAUUGAACAUAAUUACUUGUAGCUCUCUGAUGAAGUAGAAGGGUUUCACUUAAUCCUGCUCAUACCAAAUACCGUUUCCUUUUUAUUUCAGUUCUGUGCAGAAUUCCUCCUUGUGGAAUAAAAUAUGUUUGCAGUUUUCAGAAUAGUUUUUUCUGUAGUUAGUGAUUUGUAUAGCACUACUGGAAUGUGAAAUCCAUAAAAAUGGUUGAAUAAUUCAUUACAAAACUGGGGGAUGCUGGCGCUUGGUUUCUAAAGUAUUUCUAAAGUAAACUUAGUGAAAAUUUCAUUACUAUUUUGUUAUAUUAAUUUUGCAUAAUUAAAUGAAAUUGUGGAAACUUCAGGGGCUGUUAUCUCCUUAAUUUAUAAAGUUAUUGAGGUAAAAUUCAUUACAAUGAUAGAAAACAUUUACAAUUGUUAGCCCACCAAAUGUUACAAUGUUUCAUUUGUCCACAGAU